CACCUGUGAGUGUUUGCAGGGUGCAUAUGUCCGUGUUCCGUACGGUCAAGAAGCUCAUCGGAGCCACGAACAGGAUAAAGUGAUGCGUUUUUGACGGCAAUACGGCCCUGUCUGCACCCAAUAUCCUAUCUUAAAGAGUCGCGCUCGAAGAACAGAUCAAGACCUGAUGGACCAAGUGUAUGAGCUCUUUGAUCGUUUCGUACCUAGCGGGGCCCAGGGCGACCUCGACAGCCCCAAUGCUUCCCUCGAUGAAACCUCAGCAAGCGACUCGCCCCGCAAUCGUACAGUGUUCUCUCGAGACUUGCCUCACCUGCUCAGCGAAUACGAGACUCAGCAGGGCAAGCCGCUCAUCGAAGACGACAGCCGGCCUCAGCUCGAGCAAUUCUGUCAGCAGUUUCCAGACCACGCCAUUAGCUGUAACGAUCUGAUCAACAUGAUCAGGGGUCUUGAACAAGCUCGGCUCGCUGCGCUUGCUGCAAGCGAUGGAGAAGCUUCAGGCGACGAUUCUCUGAAUUCGAUAGCAGGAAGAGGUGGACCUGCAUCCCGUUUGUCCAAUCACAGUCGAGCGUCUAGCUCUGGUGAUUCUAGUGAGGUACACGAUGGUAUGAGGGAGCCUGAGACCUCCUCGUAUCCCCCGACAAGCUCAACACCCCCACGGGAUAGGAAAACCAGCAGCUCUCCGACCAGACCAGAUUAUCUCAGGUCUCAGAGCAUGCAAGCCGAUUUGACCCUUCCAGGCCCUGCACCUCGGCUGCCCACAAGCCACCGUGUUGCUCUUGUUUCCGCUUCAGCUUCUCCGACCCGGACCAGAACAACCUCAGCCUCGGCGGCUCCUACGUCGGAGCGAGAGAAAGGGCAGUCGUUCCUACAUACCAAUCAGAAUCGAAGCUUGAGUCAACAAAGCGACACCGGCAGGACUUCCAGCAAAGACGUCCUGAGAGGGAAAGGCAACGCACCUCCUUCUUCGUGGCAGAGACCCCGGCCUCAAGCUCUCGCUUCUACUGGCAAAAUCAGAAGGACUAGUGAUGCCAGUGCAGCCUCCAGCCUCGAUCGGGAGCAUGACAACAGCGGACGUCCCCAGAGCGCUCGGAGUGUUUCGUCGCAGCCUUGGUCUGACUCGGGCGGCAGCCCUGGCAUAGGCUCGCACCGCAAGUCUCCCUCUGCCUACGUCUUCCCACGAGCAACCAGUCCAGGAGACGAGACAUGGUACGCAGAGCAAGAGGAGAAGUACGAGUAUAUGUCCGAUCGAGAAAGAACCCGCUCCACCUCAUCUCGGGCGGCCAGCCCCGAUCAGCGCGAGAAGCUCGGCUUCCAGUCGUUCGCUUCCCUUUCCUCUUCACGUGGCCCAAGCGGAGGUGUCAUCACGUCUCCGAGACGCAGCGAUGUCCGCUCCUUUUCGCAGACUGUGCAGUCCAAUUUCGACGACGACAGUGGCUCGGAUACAUUGGCAGACCUUCAAAGGCGGUAUGAACAUCUCGCUCGUCUACUUCAGGAGAAGGAGCGAUCAUUCGAAGAUUCGCAGAGCUAUCACGAGAGCUCCAUUGCCGAGCUGGAGUCGAGAGUUGAGACGUUGCAGGGGCGCAUACACAGUCUGAGCAAGACCAGCGAUGAGAUGAAGCAAAGGGAGCAGCGAUACCUCGACGAAAUCUCUCGUUUGGAGAGUGACCUUGCCACAAGUCAGAAGAGGUGCGAAACACUGGAGCGCCUGAGGGAUAUGGCUCAGCAAGAGACUUCGGCACGCGAAGCCUCCAUCGUCGUUCUGCAGGGCAAGGUCAACGACCUUCAGGAGCGUAUCACCGCAAUGGACAGGGAGGAAGCGGCACACCUGGACAAUGAGAGGGAAUGGGAAACUGACCGAGAUCGAUAUAGAAAGGAGAUUGAGAAGCUUCGGAGCGAUCUCAGAGGGGCCCUGGACAAAGAAGCGCAGAUCGAAACCUUGGUCAUCGAAAAGGACGCACUGGAAGCUCAGUUGAGGGCGCUACAAAAUGACCUCGAGGAGGCAAGGAGCCGUUCGGGCUUCUUGAUCAAUGGCAGAGGAAGUGAAAGUCUGCCAGGCACGGUCUCAAAGCGGCUCGGAAGAGAGCUGGCAGGCGCUCUAGAGAACAUAAUGGAUGAGCCCGCGGAAGGCGCAGUGGACGCUGAACCCAAUCACGCGGUCGAAGAUGGCGAAGCGAGCGAUCCGGACGAGAGCCUCGAGAGUGUCAUUGUCACAACCACGAGGCGGCGGCGGGUCCAUCAACGCACAGAGAGGGUGCUCACAGAGAUUGCGACACAGACGGAGGCGGCGGAGCCGGACAGCACGCCUCGUCCUGCUGACGAGCCCAGCCCUCCGACCUACGAUGAGGCUGCCCUGGAGGAAUCAGUGCUGGCAAGGAUGCACCCUGCGUGCCACAAGACGAUGAUCCCCGAGACAACGAGCGAGCUUCCCCCGCGUACCACGCUCGGCUCGGUGUUCAAUAUGAACAGGUUUCCAGAGCGUGAAAGGGCAAGAACACCGUACGAAGACCUCACGAGAAGGGUUGGCUUGCGAUGUGUGGUGCUGGAGAAGGCUUUGGACGAGCAGGGGGACUCGCAAGGCCAAGCGGGAGGCGUCUCUUCUUCUGCUCCUUCUCCCCCAAGCGUCAGCCGGAGUGAACGCAACGACGUCGUCUCCCAAUUGCUGGGAAUCGGCGCCUCGAGGGUGCGUGGCUGCCUGCCGGAAUCAUUACAAGCUAAGCUGUCUUCGAUGGCUGCUCCCGAUACUUUCUCUCGACUGCUCGUCUGGAGCCUCUGCGUAUUGGCAGGUGGUCUCAUCUUGGGCAAUCUGCUGUCCCCUCGUCAGCAGCACAUUCAUUAUCACGGAACAGCUGGCGGCGUGCACGAAGAGGGCACAUCUUGGACGCUGAUGAACACCUUUGCAGGGCACGGUCCCGAAUACUUUGAGCCUGGUGGCGCCGUCAUGGGUGUGGUGGAGAGGUACUUGCGGUCAGCACCUGGGGACCGUCCUGAGUUAGUGCCAAUCUAGGGGUGCCCCUGGCUGGGACUGUCCUAUUCGCCUAUUCCUUCUAUUGUGCAAUGCGCUGCUUGAAGCACGGUGCGCUAUCACUAUCAUUUUGCACUAAUGCACACCUUUCAUUUGCCUGAUGUGCAGGCGACGGCUACCAAGUGCCAAGGCCUGCCGGAGGUCCUUUCCGCACUUCUUGGGUGCAUGUGCUUCUCCUGCACGCCUGCCGUGUCCGGUGUAUGGCCUUGUGCCUGUCACGAAUGUACCUGAGCAUCGCAGAAGGUUUAGUACGAAUGAGUUUGCGGAU